AUGAUGCGGCCGCUGCGGGGGGGUGAGCUGCUACCGAUGCUUAUGGGUUGCAGCCAACUGCAGCAGAAGCAGCAGCAGCAGCAGCACGAGCAGCAAGAGCAGCAAGAGCAGCAGCAACUGCAGCAGCAGCAGCAGACGAGCAGCAAGAGCAGCAAGAGCAGCAGCAACUGCAGCAGCAGCAGCAGUGCUGCUGCUGCUGCUGACCCAUAUGAUCAGCAGCAGCAGCAGCAGCAACUGCAGCAGCAACUGCAGCAGCAGCAGCACGAGCAGCAAGAGCAGCAAGAGCAGCAGCAACUGCAGCAGCAGCAGCAGCAGGAGCGGAAGAAGCAGAAGAGGAGACGACAUAUGGAGGGGAUCUCGCUCCCCAGAACACUCAAGUGCACAGCAGCAGCAGCAGCAGCAGCAGCAGCAGCAGCAGCAGCAGCAGCAGCAACAGCAGCAGCAGCUGCUGCAGCAACAGUUUGUUAG